AAUAAUUUAUAUGAUAAAAAUCUAUAAUACUACUAGAAAGUCAGGAAAUAAUUUUUUUAUUUAUCUUUUAUUUAAUUGAAGUAGUGAAAUUUUAAUAGAGGCAGCAUCAAUAAACUGGACCAGGGUUCAUGGAAGAAUUUCUCGUGCGUCUAACGUCUUAGUUGUGGGAGAGAAAAAAAAGAAAAAAGUCAAACGCGUUAGUAGGAAGGCGAGUGCUCUGAAAAGUCAGCGAAAGUCUCUGUCUUCACAGUCUCACUCUCUUCUUUUUUCCAGUUCGCCAACGGUGACUACUUUUUCAUUAACCAAUCCCGUAUCAAAAUUUUAGUUUCACAAUACUCUCUGGUGAACUUAUUCUUAACUUCAAAUUUUUGCCCCAUUCAUAAGUAGUUGCCUUACAUAAAAUCUAUAAAUCAUAUCGAUUUUGCUGCAUUCUUUUCUAUUCUCUUCUCUUUCCUUCCAUCAACGCCGAAGGCUCUCUAGUCUGAAGUCUCCACCAUUGGUGAAGACAGAGAGCUAGCGAAACUCAUCAGAAACCCCGUGAUCAUGAAUAAAGGAAGCUUAGGCCCAAAUCUCAAACUCACUGUUCCUGCAUAUAAUCAAGUUUCUUUCGCCAAGUUUCUGACUGAGAGCGGUACCUUCAAGGAUGAGGAUCUGCUAGUCAACAAGAAUGGUGUUCGAAUUAUCUCUCAGUGUGAAGUUGAAGCUCCACCCCCUAUCACGCCGCAAGACAACCAGUUACGUUUAGAAGACAUAGACACAAUCAAAGUGGUUGGAAAGGGAAGCAGCGGCAUAGUGCAAUUGGUGCAACACAAAUGGACUAGUCAGUUUUUUGCAUUAAAGGUUAUUCAAAUGAAUAUUGAGGAGUCUAUGCUCAAGCAGAUAGCACAAGAGCUGAAAAUUAAUCAAUCAGCUCAGUGUCCUUAUGUUGUUGUCUGUUACCAGUCCUUCUACGAAAAUAGUGUUAUAUCAAUCAUCUUAGAGUACAUGGAUGGAGGGUCUCUAGCAGAUUUUCUGAAGAAAGUGAAAACAAUUCCGGAGGCAUACCUUGCUGCCAUUUGCAAGCAGGUGCUGAAGGGUCUAAUAUAUCUUCACCAUGAAAAGCAUAUUAUUCACAGGGACUUAAAGCCUCAUAAUUUGUUGAUAAAUCACAGAGGGGAAGUAAAGAUCACUGACUUUGGUGUCAGUGCAAUCAUGGAAAGUACAUCUGGUCUUGCCAACACUUUCAUUGGAACACAGAUCUAUAUGUCUCCUGAGAGAAUCAAUGGAUCCCAGUGUGGCUACAACUACAGAAGUGACAUAUGGAGUUUGGGACUAAUAUUGCUUGAGUGUGCUACGGGGAGGUUUCCAUUUACGCCACCUGAUCAAGGAGACAGAUGGGAAAAUGUUUUCCAGCUUAUUGAAGCUGUUGUUGAAGCUCCUCCUCCCUCUGCUUCACCUGAUCAAUUUUCUCCAGAGUUCUGUUCAUUUAUAUCAGCAUGUUUGCAGAAAGAUCCAAAGAAUAGAUUGUCAGCUCAAGAACUUAUGAGACUUCCAUUUAUCCGUAUGUAUGAGGAUUUGGAUGUAGAUCUUUCAGCUUACUUCUCCAAUGCUGGAUCCCCCCUUGCUACUUUAUAAAGCUUACUUGAAUCACUGCGCAUCUGCAGAUUAGAGUCUUGAGAAAUCAACUCCUAGGAUUGGUUUAUGAAAGAAUCUCCAUCUUAUUGUGAUUGAUGUUCCAGAAUUUGUUGAGAGAUUCUUGUAGACGCAAGUGCCAUGAGUUUUGCAAUGAUUGGCAAUUCACGUAGACCCUCAAUGCAGAUGAUUGAGUAUUAGGGCACAUUUUGAAGGCAAAUUAAUGGGAUUAUAUGAUUGUGAUGAAAGGCAUAAAUAGUACUUGCGUUAUGUACAGAUUAUAUGGGUUACUGUGCAAUGUUAGAAGAUAUGGAAAAUUUUGUCAGGCGUAUCAAUUUACGUUGGAAGGUUUUGAAAUUA